UUCAAAAUAAAAUGCAAGGCUUAAACUAUGGUAUUUUACUUCUCAACUUUGGAAACUGUGAAGGUUCUAAAACAAACCUUCUUCAGCCAGAGACCCGAUGUGAUUGGAAUGAGUCUUCAACUAGAUUAGGUUUGAUAGAGCCACAAGUUGGCGGACAAAAGGUUGUAGAUUGUUGUGCAAACUUCAAAGAUGUAAUGGUGAUGGAACUUGGUUGAAUCGAUCGAAAGCUGCUUGGUUUUCAUAUUAACAGAAUAAGAAAUAUUUUAGUAGAAUCUUUUGUUUGGAAUUGUAAGUUUGUAAUACGUUGAACCCUUUAGAGGAGUGGUUAUUUGACAAAUAGUAAAGGAGACAGAAAUGUAGUCAGAUUGAAAAGUUUUUGUAAAUUCUGCACCAUCAAUCGUUUUCAAACAGUUAUCUGUCGCAAUGAUUUAGACAAAAGGUAUUUUCUAGUACCUGGAAAAUGUUGUUUGGUAGGAACUUUGCUGAGAUGUGGAAUGCCCUGGCAGAUAGUAUUGUUGCAAAAGAUUACUAUCACAUAUUCAAAUAGAUAGUUAGUUAUGUAUUCUUAUCACAUUGACAUUGUUGCAAGAUAUUGUAUAAUUCCAUUGCAGUAUGUUGUCACAUAGGAGUGCUUCAUUUUGAGUCAUUGGCUCUACACUCAAACGUACCUGACUUUGAGUCAUCCAGAAACUUUCUUGUGACUACUACUCUCCUCAGGGAAUGUUAGAUUGAGUUUUUACUAUGGCUACUCUGGUAUAUUUUGAUAUAUGCAAUAUUUGGAUAGUUAACAAACACAAAAAGUUAUAACCUCAAACUUUGCCAUUCAUUGACUGGGUCUACACACAAGUGCCAAGGAUUAUAUCGAGUCAUUGAGUAUUAGAAAACAUACAAAUAGGGACAUAAUUUACGGG